AUGAUCACUUGCGAAUUCCUCCUUUUCAUCCUCCUCUUCCUCUCCUCCACCGGCGUCGCCCUUCCGACAUCCACCACCACUACCAACUCCUCCUCCUCCUCUGGCUUCUACCUCCCCCGCCCAAUUUCCUACCCCACCGCCUUGAUCGGCCCCCGCGAAGAAGGUCCCAAAACCUUCUGCAAGAACUACGGCCCUGUAAUCGACCAAACUUCCGCAGGCUCCCCCUACAGCGUCGACUGCAAGCAGAUCUCCAUCAACGUUGGCGCGGGCGGCUCGUGGAAGUGGGCGACGGGUUCCAAUCCAAAGAUCAUCGCCAAGUACGGCACCUGUCUGGUGGGCGUGGAGGGAGGGGAGGGCGUGCUCUGGGGAAAUUGGCUAAGAACCGGAAACGAGGAUGUGGUCUGGAUGAUUGAAGAGACGCUUAAACUGCCGUUCUAUAAGGGGGAAAAGGUGGGCAGUAAGGGGACUAUGGAGUGUACUACUUUGACGUUGCCACAUCGGGAUUUUGCUAUCAAAUGGGGGGUUUGGCAUACGUAG